CGUUGUGGAGAGAGAUGUCCUGGAUGAGCACAGCCUGGAGGAGGUGGCACGCAAGCGGCUGCAUUCAAACAAGCCCGUCCUGGUCGACCGCCUCAAAGACUCACUGAGAUGCUCCGUGCCCAGGCUGAAGCGCAGUGUGCUGGGCUGCUUGCCAGUGCUCUCCUGGCUGCCCCGGUACUCUAUCAGAGACUGCGCCUUGGGAGACCUCAUAUCCGGCAUCAGCGUGGGCAUCAUGCACCUGCCACAGGGAAUGGCCUAUGCACUUCUGGCCUCCGUACCCCCUGUGUUUGGUCUCUACACCUCCUUCUACCCUGUCCUGGUGUAUUUCUUCUUUGGGACCUCCAGACACAUUUCAGUAGGCACAUUUGCAGUGGUCAGCGUCAUGGUGGGUGGUGUAACAGAACGUUUAGCCCCGGACAGUAACUUCAUUAUAAACGGCACCAAUGGUACACAGGAGGUAAACACAACGGCCAGGGAUGCUUACAGGGUUGAAGUGGCAGCCGCCACAACCCUUGUGGCUGGGAUUUUUCAGGUGCUCCUGGGAUUGGUGCGGUUUGGAUUUGUGGUGACAUACCUGUCGGAGCCACUAGUCCGAGGUUACACCACAGGAGCGGCAAUGCAUGUGGUCGCCUCACAGCUUAAAUAUAUGUUUGGGGUCACAACCCAGCGUUUCGAUGGACCUCUUUCAUUAAUUAAGACGAUAAUAGACGUAAUCUGCCGACUGCCAGGGACCAAUGUUGGCACUCUGGUGGUGAGUUUAGUGUCCAUGGUGGCUCUCAUCACGGUUAAAGAGCUCAACUCGGCCUACAGCCGGAAACUGCUUCUUCCCAUCCCCAUCGAGCUCAUUGUUAUUGUGAUUGGGACUCUGAUUUCUUACUACACCGAUCUCAAUACCCUCUAUGGCAUUGAUGUGGUGGGAGACAUCCCCAGUGGGCUGAAUCCUCCCACGACUCCAGACAUCAGCAUUUUCACGGAAGUAAUUGGAGACGCUUUCGCCAUGGCUGUUGUGGGUUAUGCCAUCAACAUCUCUCUGGGCAAGACGUUUGCCCUCAAACACGGAUACAAGGUCGACAGUAACCAGGAGCUUGUGGCUCUCGGUCUCAGUAACACAGUGGGAGGGUUCUUCCAGUGCUACUGCGUCACCUCCUCCAUGUCCCGUAGCCUGGUGCAGGAGACCACCGGGGGUAAGACGCAGGUGGCAGGGGUUAUAUCUUCAGUGAUAGUUUUGAUCACUGUACUGAAGCUGGGCGCAUUGUUUGAGGAGCUACCCAAGGCAGUCCUGGCCACAAUUGUCUUUGUCAACCUAAAGGGUAUGUUCAAGCAGUUUCUGGACAUCCCUGUACUGUGGAAAAGAAAUAGGAUUGAUCUGUUGGUGUGGCUGGUUACCCUAGUCGCCACACUACUGCUCAACCUGGACCUGGGCCUGGCUGCCUCCAUCGCCUUCGCCCUGCUGACUGUUAUCUUCAGAACACAGCUGCCUAGAUACUCAGUCCUGGGGCAGGUGCCUGGCACAGGGAUCUAUCUUGAUAUGGAGACCUAUGAAGAGGCAAGAAAAGUUCCAGGCAUCACCAUCUUUCGUUCGUCCACCACAGUGUACUUUGCCAAUGCUGAGCUCUACCUGGAAGCCCUACAAGAGAAGACUGGAAUCGACAUUAGAAAGCUGCUGACUCAGAAGAAAAAGCUGUUGGCUAAACAGAAACGCAUGGAGAAGAGAGAGAAAAAGAGAGCCAAGAGAGAGGCCAAGAAUGGGGUCCAAGCAGGUGACAGCAGCGAGGCGGUCUUUUCGGUAGAGGAGGCCACGGGCCGCUGGAAAGAGAAGAACGGGACCUGGGGGAAGCAGAACGGGGCAGCACCUGACACACCUUCAGCGCUGGAGGCUGACACCACUGGCACCCAGGCCUCCAGCUGUGGGGACACCUUAAGCAGGGAGCUGUCCCUGUGCUCCAUGGAAAAGAGCACCACAGAGAUCCACUCCAUCAUCCUGGACCUCUCCACGGCCAGCUUCAUCGACACAGUGGGCAUCAAAACGCUGAGAAAUAUAUUCCUGGACUUCGCAGAGAUUGAUGUGGAUGUAUAUCUGGCAGGCUGUCAGGCCUGUGUAGUGGAACAGUUGGAACGUGGGGAGUUGUUCAGCCACUCUAUCACCAAGGGCCACCUCUUUGCCACUGUGCAUGACGCUGUACUGUACUGCUCAGCAAGCAAGGAGCAUCAACUGCACCCUGCUAUGACUGUGCAUUGGUGA